GUAGCUACCAUAUUGGACAGAGCAUAUAUUUUCUUUACAGAAAGUGCUAUUGGACGGUGCUAUGCUACAGCUAGGAACUGCCAAAGAUCAGAGAAAGCAAUAUGAGAACUGAAAACCCAGGCCAGUACUUGGUUGGUUUUGAGUAAAGGUCACUGGGUGAGUGGGAAGCAAGCUGACCUUUGGAACAGUGAUGUCACAAAGCACAGCUCACAGUGGCUCUAGAACACCUGGCCUCCCAGGUCACUUCCCCUAACUCCCUCCCAUCAAGGGUCCUGAAGCCUCUGCACAUGUAGCUCCUGGAGCAGCUGUCUUAUUACAAUGUCAACACCUCCACCUUCAUCUUCCAUCUGGGACAAAAUAGAUUAUGCCUCUCUGAGCUCAGCAUGGAACUGGCUGCAAGCAACUUUUCUGGGAGAGACUGGUGUGCCUCAGCAAACAAAUUUGGGGCUGCUAGGUUAUUUGGCUCCGGCUGUGCAAGUUAUCCUGAAGAUUUCAUUUCUUACUUUGCUGGGAAUAGGACUGUAUGCCUUAUGGAAACGAAGUGUUCAGUCAUUUCAGAAAAUGUUGUUGUUUGUAAUCACCCUCUACAAACUUUACAAGAAGGGCUCAGAUUUUUUUCAGGCUCUGCUGGUCAACCCAGAAGGGACCAGUCUCCCAGUUCAAGACAAUAAUAAUUUCUCCCUGUCCUUGGGGCUGCAAGAGAAAAUUCUGAAGAAACUUCAGGUGGUAGAAAGCAAAGUGAAGAACCUGGAGGGGAUGAUCAUUUCCCAAAAACCCGCCACGAAGAGGGACUGCUCCUCUGAGCCCUACUGCAGCUGCUCCGACUGCCAGAGCCCCUUGCCCACAUCAGGGUUUACGUCCACGUCUGAAAUGUGA